AUGGAAAUUGCCGAUCCCACUCGAGACCUAAAUCGAGAACCAAAUCAAGAGAAAAACUCCUUCAAAUCCGUCCUCCUAAAUAAAGUGGAAUCACUAAAUGACAGCCACCUAAACCACUACAAUGGCAAAAUGCCUUUAAACUCAGGUGAAUCAGAAGACACAAUUAACCUAAGCAAUGAAGAUAGGGAAAGAAUAUACGCUAUGUGGAAAUUCUCUGUAAUCUUCAAGCUAUUCAAAAAAAGACUUGCCCACAACUACUUAAAAACAAAACUCACAGAUCUAUGGAAACCAUCAGAACCCCUAACUCUAGUGGAUCUUGGAAACGAUUACUACAUUGCAAAGUUCACCAAUCCGGACAAUAUGCAGAAGGCUCUUCAUGGAGGACCAUGGUUUGUUACAGGGGAUUUCCUCUCAGUAAGACACUGGGAGCCUAAUUUUAUCCCAGAGAAAGCCACACAAACACACAGAGCCAUUUGGAUAAGGCUACCUCAUCUUCCAACAGAGUUCUACGAUAAAUCAAUUUUGAAAAGAACCGGCCACAAACUAGGAACAUUACUCAAAAUUGAUACUUGUACUACAACAGCUUUGAGAGGAAGAUAUGCAAGAAUUUGCAUACAAAUUCCACUCGAUGCACCAGUGAAGACUCACAUCAACAUCGAGAAUCACAAGCAAAAAGUGAUCUACGAGGGGGGAAGACGGUUCUGUGCACUAGGUGUGGCAAGCUUGGGUACACUCAAAAAAACUGCCCACUGCAAACCACCACACACCCUGAUAAGCAUGAUGUACACACGGCGUCAACCAGCCAGUCCCAGCCUCUUCAGGCGAAUGACAAACAGUCACCUUCGCCAAAAAAAGAACCGGCCCCAAAGCCUACCGCUCCCCUAA